AACAUUCAGCUCUCUCUUAGGAUCAUCAUCAUACGAUUAAGAGAGAUCUAAAUCAAAUUGUUUCCACGAAUCCUUUUGUGUCAAAGUUCUUUCCAACUUCUUUUUAUUCACUUGUGUCAAACUUGCUUCGAAACCCUAGCUUAGAUUUUUGUAACCAUGGAUUCUUCUCUUCAAACAAGACCUAAGAAUCCUGGUAAUACUAACCCUAAACCCCACGGUGUCUCCGGUUCGACCGUCCGCGGACAGAAGAGAAGUUACCCCAACGGCAAUUCUAAUAACUUGGCUGUCAAGAAACCAAGGACGAUGGUUAAUAACUCUCAUCAGCAUACUGGUAACAAAACCGCGGAACCAAGAACUCGGAGGCUCUCCAGACAAUUCUGGAAAGCGGGAGACGACAAGGAAGAAGAGCGCUCGCCUCGCAACUGCGGCAACGACGCGGCGAUUAGGGUUCAUCCUCAGUUCCUCCACGCAAACGCCACCAGCCACAAGUGGGCGCUCGGAGCUUUCGCCGAGCUUCUAGACAACUCUCUCGACGAGGCGUGUAACGGUGCCACGUACGUUCACCUCGACUCGAUGACGAAUCAAAAAGACGGUAAGAGCAGCAUGCUCGUGGUCCAAGACAACGGAGGCGGGAUGGACCCGAACAGGUUUAGAGAGUGUCUCUCUUUAGGGUACUCGAGAAAACGCAACAUGGCUAACACGGUCGGUCAGUACGGGAACGGGUUCAAGACUAGUACGAUGAGACUUGGCGCGGACGCAAUCGUCUUCUCGCGCUCUAAGGGAGCCAACGGUGGUAACACUGAGAGCGUUGGUAUGUUGUCGUAUACUUAUCUCUACGAGACGAGGAAGAGCGAAGCUGUUGUCCCCACGGUGGACUUUGAGCUGGUGGAUAACGAGUGGGUUCCGUUGACGCACGACUCUAGCGAUAAGUGGUUUGAUAACCUAGAGACUAUAGUGAAGUGGUCGCCUUAUGCGUCUCAGCAAGCUAUGUUCGACCAGUUUGAUUUACUUGACGAGCAAGGUACUCGGAUCGUGAUUUAUAAUCUGUGGGAUGAUGAUGAAGGGAAGCUGGAGCUUGAUUUCGACGCGGAUGAUCAUGAUAUUCAGCUCAGAGGCGUGAACAGAGACGAGAAGAAGAUAGAGAUGGCCAAAGUUUACCCUAACUCGAGGCACUUCUUGACUUAUCGUCACUCUCUGCGUAGCUAUGCGUCGAUCUUGUAUCUCAGACUUCCACCAAACUUCAGAAUCUUCCUCCGCGGCAAAGAAGUGGAGCAUCACAGCUUGGUGGAGGACAUGAUGAUGACCGAAGACAUAACUUACAGACCUAUGGCUUCACCGGAGCUGUCACCAGAUCAUGAAGACAUGGUUGCUGCUCUAAAGAUUGGUUUUGUUAAAGACGCUCAUCAUCACAUAGACAUACAAGGGUUCAAUGUCUACCACAAGAACAGGCUUAUCAAGCCGUUUUGGAGGGUUUGGAACGCUGCUGGGAGUGAUGGACGCGGUGUGAUUGGUUUGCUUGAAGCUAACUUUAUACAACCGGCUCACAACAAGCAAGGCUUUGAGAGGACUGCUCUUCUUGCUAGAGUUGAAAACAGAUUGAACACGUACCAGAAGACGUAUUGGUCUAAGAGGUGUCAUGAGAUUGGUUAUGCUCCAAGGAGGAUGCAGAAGACUAAUAAAAUUUGCUACAUUGGAACUACUCAAUCUCCUACUGGUAAUGAUAAAGGAUCUGUUUCUAAUGCAAGGCAAAACAGAAACUCUCAGAAGGAGGCUGCACAACCUAGUGUUGCUAAAACAACACUUGAGAUUGGGCUUAGGAGCAGGAGGCCUGGGAUAAGUUGCAAGGAAACAAGGCCAACUGACUUCCAGAAGCAGAGAGCACAGCCUGAAGAGCAAAUCAAACAGUCAAAUGCUAGGAUUCAAGAUUUGGAGAAGAGGCAAAAGGUGAGAGAUGUCUCAGCAAAACCUAUGGCUGAGGUGCAGAGACAGAGAACACCUAAUGUGAAAACUACAGAGACAAAACAGGUGGUUGAGUUGCAGAGACAUAAGGGACACCUUGAGUUGCAACUCAAACAGUCAAAAUCUAAUAUUCAAGAUUUGGAGAAGAGGCACAAGGUCAAAGAUGAUAAGUCAGCAAAACUGGUGGAUGAGUUGAAGAUACAGAAAGGACAGCUUGAGUUGCAACUCAAGAAGUCACAGUCUAAGAUUCAAGAUUUGGAGAAGAGGCACAAGGUCAAAGAGGAUGACUCAGCAAAACUUGUGGCUGACCUGCAGAGGUCAGUCCAAGACUUAGAGGAUUCAAUCAAGGUGAAAGAUGAUGAAUCAUCAAAACUGGUGGAGGAGUUAGAAGGGGAGAAAGCAUUGCUUGAGUCACAACUAGAGAGUUCAAAAGCCAAGAUCCAUGAUCUGAAGGAAUCUCAAAAGGUUGCAGAUGAAUGGGUGGUAGAGAUGCAGAGAGAGAAAGGAUUGCUUGAGUCACAACUCAAGGUGUCACAAGCAAGGAACCAAGACUUUGAGAAGUCGCAGAAGGCAGUGAUGGAUGUAUUUCAAGAAGAAAGAUGCCGCAGAGAUGUGGCUGAGGAUGCAUUGAGGAAGAAACUACGAGGAGCUUAUGAUGUCAUCGACACGCUCAAAAUGAAAGUGAAUAGCCUCGAAGCGGACCAAGCAUUUUGUAAGAAGGUGCACAUCCAUAUGCAUUAAAGUACAGCUUCUAAAACUCUUUUACAAGACUGUACCAUUCAUUAAAGUCAGGUAGAAGACAGCUUAGAUUUUUACCAGACUCAUGUAUUUUAUUUCUGUCACAGUAUUCAUGCUUAAAUUCAUUUAUACAGAUCCAGUUACACUGUUUUUAACAUCUUUGUUGGCAAAAUCAAUGUUUGCUAC